AUGGCGGCGGCGGCGGGCGAGGCGGCGCUGGCGGCCGCGCUGGAGCGCGCCUGCCGGCCCGGGGCGCCGCCCGAGGAGCUGCGCGCCCUGCGCCUCGCCGUGCAGGCCGCGCCGCCCGCCGCCCUGCGCCCCCGCCUGCGCCACGCGCACCUCGCCGCCCUCUUCGGCCUCCUCAGCGCCGGGGACCGGGAGCAGGUGUCGGCCUGCGUGGCCGUGCUGGAGCGGCUGCUGCCGGCCCUGGAGCCGCCGCGCCUCGUCCGGCACCUGCGCGAGGAGCUGCACAAGGGCCUGCUGCACCCCGAGGACUCCGUGAAAAUCCUGGCCGUCUCGCAGAUUGGGAGGAUUGUUGAAAAUUCAGAUGCUAUUAGAGAAAUUAUCAACAGUCCUGAACUAUUACGGCAAGUUAUCUAUUGCAUUGGUGGAGAGAAGAUAGCUGUGGCUAAAGAGGCCAUCAAAUCUCUGUCUCGAGUCGCGCAGACGCAGGAGGGCUUGGAGGCUCUGUUUGCGAGCAGCUUGUUGGGUGACUUAAGGAAUGUUAUGGCAACAAAUGAUAUUGUGCGGUAUAGAGUGUAUGAGCUAGUUGUAGAGAUCUCUUCAGUGUCAGCUGACUCACUGAAUUACUGUGCAAACAGUGGAUUAAUAUCAGAAUUAAUUGGAGAGUUGACUGGAGACGACGUGCUAGUCAGAGCCACAUGUAUAGAGAUGGUAACCUCACUGGCUUAUACUGCCCAUGGACGCCAGUAUCUUGCUCAACAAGGAGUUAUUGACAAAAUUUCCAACAUUAUCAUCGGUGCAGAGUCUGAUCCUUUCUCUGGCUUCUAUCUACCAGGAUUCGUUAAGUUUUUUGGGAAUYUGGCUGUGGUGGACAGCCCCCAGCAGAUCUGCGAACGGUACCCUGUAUUUGUGGAGAAAGUCUUUGAAAUGGCAGAAAGUCACGAUCCCACCAUGAUCGGAGUCGCUGUGGACACACUAGGAAUCCUGGGAUCGAAUGUGGAAGGCAAACAGGUUUUGCAGAAAACUAGAAGUAGGUUUCAGAAUCUCCUAAACAAAAUAGGACAUCAAGCAAAAAAUGCCCCAACAGAAUUAAGACUUCGAUGUUUGGAUGCCAUUUCCUCUCUUCUUUACUUGCCUCCAGAUCAGCAGACGGAAGACCUCUUGAGAAUGACUGAAUCGUGGUUUGCAUCCUUGUCUAGCCAACCAUUGGAGCUCUUCAGGAGUAUCAGUACUCAGCCCUUUCCUGAUCUCCACUGUGGGGCUUUAAGAGUGUUUACUGCUAUUGCAAACCAACYGUGGGCCCAGAAGUUGAUGCUUAAUAGUCCUGGCUUUGUGGAAUAUAUUGUAGACAGAUCUGUGGAACCUGAUAAAGCUUCAAAGGAUGCCAAAUACGAACUGGUCAAGGCCCUUGUAAACUCUAAAACAAUUGCAGAAAUCUUUGGAAAUCAGUAUUACUUGAGGCUUAGGGCUUACUUGCAUGAAGGCCCUUACUAUGUUAAGGCAGUUUCUACUACAGCUGUGGAAGGAGCGGAGUAGUGUCACAACAGUCGCCUGUCUCAGUUCUUGCAAACUAUGUUACUGAAAUAGCUGUUAAGCUUCUUGUUCACUGGAGUCAUUUUUAGAUUGCCUCUUCAAAGAAUCUUGAAGUGUUUGACCCAAUUUGAAGCGUCACGAGUGCAAAUUGUAACUUAUGGGGUGCAGUGUUGCUUCAGUAUCAUGGCACAGAUUCUUUGUGCACUAUCCUGAGACAAGYAGCCAAGGCAAGUACUGUGUCAGCUGCAGGUUCUGUGAUACUGUGCAGAAACUAUCAGUGUUUAGYCAAACUGUUCUUGGGCUUGGAGUUCCUAUCAUGUUUUUAAGUAGAUUAUACUUCAAUUAAAAGCAACACCAAAAACACCUUGAGGUUCAUUGCCUCAGAUGCUGCCAUUGCUUCUUUUUUGUCCUUGUAUCUGCCUAAGGUGGCACCUGCAUGGAAAAUACUCUGUUUAGUCAGUCAUGUUCCAUCAGAAAUGUAGYUGUUAAAAAUGAACUAGUAACCAUCUAAAGGGUUUGUGCUCCCAUGAAGAACAAACUGGACUCUCUUUUGUUAUCAGUUUGCUAGUUGUAAGUCUUGCUUUGAAUAAAAUAAUCCUGUAUAUUGUUUACAUUUUAUGCUGAGAAUAGGAAACUUUUAGCCCUUUUGAACAAAAACUGCCGACUCCUAAUGUAUAAAACCAAACUGGGAGCUUUGUUUCUCUUGCUAGCUGCUACUUUAUAUGGCAGUUAGGCCUACUUGCUCAAGGGGAACAUCAGCUGUAGUGCUGUAAGUCUAAUUCAGAACCAAAUUUUAAACUGUUUACACUAUUUUUUAUCAGAAACUUUUUAGUUUUGUGUUAUUUAAACACAGUUUUAGUUGCCUGAUUUGUAAUUAACAGGGUAAGAGCAAAAACCUUUCAUGUUUAAAGGCUUAAAUGUAGUUGAGGAGGAAACAAAUGUAGUACYUCAUGAGGCUUUGUACCUCCUUCUGGGGAUGAUCAGCUAACAUAGGGGUGGGAUGUAAGGCUAGCUGAGCCUUAAGUGAUAAUCUGUAAGCAAGGACCAUGAUGUACUUCAUACCAAAAACUUCUUAUUGAGAAUGUAAGACAAAAAGAGGUCAAGCUGGAGGAAACAAUAAAACACAGGGUUACAGAAAUAACACACGAUGACCUUGAGUUAGGUCAGACAUGCUUCUGUUGAAAGUAYUUGCCUUUGUCCUCACUCUGCCAAGUGACUGGGGAUUAUCUAGACUGUAGUAACUCUUUUCUUGCUUGUAGUAGCUUGGGGUUGCAAUGAAGGUGAUGUUUUUUUCUGCCAAAAAUAUCCGGUUGAGGAAUGGAAGGGGGCUCAGAGAARCUGAGUGGGUGGGGAAGGGCUGUUAAUGUGCAAUGAGCUUUCUGAAUGUGGGUGAGCUGCCCUGUUCGAUUGCCUUCUUACUGGUACAUACAAAAAUCUGUCAUC